AUGGGUCACUGCAGUGCUAGUGCUUCCAUCCAACUUGUCUCACUAAUUAUACUGUCAGGAAUUUUAUCCCUUGAAACCAUUAAAUUCGGUUUCUGCAGUGAUGAUCAUAAUGUGAGAUGCAUAGAUAUAGAGAGAAAAGCCCUUCUCAAGCUCAAACAAGGCCUCACAGAUCCUUUCGACCGGCUUUCGUCUUGGGUGGGAGAAGAUUGCUGCAAAUGGAGUGGUGUAGGCUGCAACAACAUAACUGGACGUGUCAACAAACUCGAUCUUCGCAAUCGCAAUGACUAUUCAUUUGGAUUUGGUGGUGAGAUCAACCCUUCUUUGCUUGUUUUGAAAGAUUUGGAUUACUUGAAUUUGAGCAUGAAUUCCGUUGGAGGUGUCUUUCCAAGUUUCAUUGGAUCACUAAAGAAACUGAAAUACCUCGAUCUCUCUGGUUUAUCUUUUGUUGGAGUCAUUCCCCCCAAUCUUGGAAACCUCUCAAGGUUGCUUUAUCUUGAUCUUAGUCAUGAAAAUCUUGAGACUGACCUUCAGUGGCUUGCAACUCUUUCUUCCUUAAAGUACCUUAACUUGGGAGGAGUGAACCUUACUAAGACUACAUCCUAUUGGCUUCCCGCUGUUAAUUUGCUCCCUUCACUAGUUGAAUUGUAUUUGCCCUAUUGUAGUCUUCCCAUGCUUCCUCUCACUCUUCCUUCCAUCAAUUUCACAUCCCUUUCAGUUCUUGAUCUCUCUGGCAAUGAAUUCACCUCCACGAUACCUCAUUGGUUGUUCAAUCUCACUAAACUAGAGAAGUUGGAUUUCUCAGUUAACAGUCUGACAGGAAAACUGCCUGAUUCUUUGGGAUAUCUUAAAAGCUUGAGAUACCUCCACUUGUCGUAUAACUCACUUGAGGGUUCAAUCCCAAAGAGUCUUUGGGAGCUCUCAUCGCUGGUUUCACUUCAUAUCUCUCACAACAAAUGGGAAUGUGCCAUUACUGAAGCUCAUUUUGUGAAACUUAGAGGCCUGAAAGAAGUAUCAAUUGGAAAUUAUCCCCCAAACAUUUCCUUGGUUUUCAACGUAAGUUCUGAUUGGAUACCUCCUUUCAAAUUAAGAUACUUGGAAAUUAUAUCAUACCAACUGGGUCCCAAAUUUCCUACAUGGCUUAGAAAUCAGACUGAGUUGACCACGGUGGUACUCCGUAAUGCUGGGAUUUCAGGCACCAUACCAAAUUGGUUUUUGCAGUUGGAUUUGCAAUUAGAUGAACUAAAUUUCGCUGAUAAUCAACUAAGCGGCAGGGUGCCCAAUUCAUUAAGAUUCAGCCAUUAUUCCAUUGUUGAUUUGAGUUCAAACCUUUACGAGGGCCCACUCCCACUCUGGUCCUCAAACAUUACUGACCUGUAUCUUAGAGAUAAUCUAUUUUCAGGGCCAAUUCCUCAUAACAUUGGUCAAGUGAUGCCCAAUUUGAUAUAUCUAGACAUUUCUACGAACUCUUUGAGUGGAAGCAUUCCCCUAUUCUUGGGUAAUUUAAGCCAAUUACAAUACAUAUUGAUCUCAAAUAACCUCUUGUCUGGGGAGAUUCCUCCUUUUUGGAACAAUAUACAAUCAUUGGGUUGGAUAGACUUAUCAAACAACAGUCUCUCUGGUACAAUCCCAAGAUCCUUAGGCUCUCUUACUUUACUGCGGUUCUUGGACCUCUUUAGCAACAACUUUUCAGGGGAAGUUCCUUCCUUGAAAAACUGCACUUACCUGAAUAUUCUUGAUCUUGGUGAUAACAAGUUUUCUGGACCGAUUCCGGCUUCCAUCGGAGAAAGCAUGUCCAGUUUACAGAUUCUAAGCUUGAGGUCCAACUCAUUUACGGGAAGCAUCCCUUUAAAAUUAUGUGGGCUUCCCGCUCUCCGUAUAUUGGACUUCUCACACAACAAUCUUUCCGGAAAUAUUCCCCACUGCAUAGGUAAUUUGAGUGACUUGAAAUCUGAGUCCACUGACGAAGGUAACCUUGGUCGCUUGGGAAGAUUUGAGUUUGUGUCUAAAGGAAAAGUGUUUGUAUAUGAUCAUCUCUACAUCCUUAACCUUGUUACUAGCAUUGAUCUCUCGGACAAUAAAUUGUCAGGAGAGAUACCUAUGGGGUUAACAAGCCUUAUAAAGUUGGGCACUUUAAAUUUGUCCAUGAAUCAUUUGACAGGAAAUAUCCCAGCAAAUAUCGGAAACUUGGAGUCGAUAGAAACUCUUGAUCUAUCAAUGAACAAACUUUCAGGUUCAAUUCCACAGAGCAUGGUUAAUUUAACAUUUUUGAAUCAUUUGAAUAUGUCAUACAAAGUUAUGGGAACCUCACAACCUAAAUCGCCAAAUACACUCAAUAACACUCACUGCGCAAAAAUCAAAAGACGUGACACCUAA